AUGAAGUACUCUCGCUCGGUCGCGUUCAUGCCCCUGUGCAUUGUGCUCGCGUUGGUCGCGAUUUCUCAGCCGGCUGUCGCCGCGGAUGUCGCAUUUGGCACCUUCACUGACUCCACUUGCACCACGCACACUACUGGCAAUCCGUCCUUCAAGGUUGCGUCGGGCGACUGCAAGACCAGCGUGGUUCUUGGCUCGAAUUACCGUGUUGUGAUCAACAGUGCCAGUUCGUUGACCUACCAACUUGGCUGCGACGCGACUUGCACCACCUGCACCCAAACCACCACCGUUGCUCCCGGUGUUUGCGUCGAUGCGGGCUCCAGCCAUUAUGUGACUGCGCAUCCCCUCAAGUACACCUCCAUCACUGUGGAUUCUGGCACGACCUGCAGCACAACUAGCGCGGUGACGGUGAACAGCGGUGCUUGCACCGCAAACCCGAUGGGCGGCUACAUGAACAUCAUGGACCUUGGCAUGGGCAACGUUUGGUUCAACAUGAACUGCAAUGUGUUUUGCGACCAGUGCAAGAACUUGGGCAGCGCUGUUGCUGGUUCGUGCGGUCCCCUCGAAAUUGGCUUUGGCUCGUUCCACAUCAACGGCUCUGCCGCGUUGACGGCGUCCGUCACCCUGAUCGGCAUGGCUGUUGCUCUUCUGUCUGCCUUCACUAUUCUUGGUUGA